CUAGGACAGCUGUGCAGCCCUGACCAGAACACACAGGAGCUGGCUGCAGAGACUGAGCAGGGCUGGAGCUGUAGUCGCCUGGCAGAGGGAAGCCCAGCCUGGCAGCAGGGCAAACUGAGGCUGGGGUGUGACCUCAGAGACUGAUGGUCAGAGCUGCACCUACGUGGGCCAGCGUGCUCUCCCCCAUCUGGGUCCUCUAAGGUUGCUGGGGUCUAGGUGGAAGUCUGACCUGAAGACCUAAGUCCUGCCAUCUGAAUACCUCUGUGAACCCACCAGGUGUGUUGCCUGCAAGAGCAUGAGUGAACAGGAGAAGGAGACAGAGGAGGAUGAAGAGGGGGCACUUCAGGACACAGCACCCAUGCUGCCGGGAAGAUUUCCUGACAGCCAGGCCUCAGCCCUGAGGUCCCCAGGGUGGGUAGGGCUGGCUGUCCGAGGCCUUGGGACUCUGUUGCUGCCUGGCCAAGCCCUGGCCAGACUUUUGCUGCACCUGCUGCUGCCUGCAACUGUGUUCGUGCUAGUACUGCUGCCAGCAGCUGCCAUCGUGUACCUGGGAUUCCUGUGCCACUCAAGGGUUCACCCGGCACCUCGCCCCGCGUGCCGCACGCUGCUGUCGGAUAGAGGCUCCGCGGCACUCAUCGUUCUCGGCUUCCUCUCGCUGCCUCCUCUGCUCGUGCUCGCUUCCGCCGUCCGCACCCGCCUGGCCCGGCGCCUCCGCACGCUGCUGCCGCCCCCAGCUUGGCCCCCUGGACCUCGCCGCCACCAGGGGUCCAGCGACCGUGGGCGGGUGGGACGCCACCCCGACGAGGAGGAACAGCUCUGCGCCUGGGUGUGACCCCAGAUGCCCCUCCAUAGGACGAGACCUCCAAAUCCCCCGCCCCAUGAGGGAGCCCCCGGCUUGCAAUCGCGGGGUCUGCGUCCAGGUUCCGUCCUAGAAAAUUGCGGGCCUACCUCGGGGCUUCGUGCGCAGUGCUUGGAGUGGC